UUUCAUCCGGUAUUGAACUUGGAAAAAGAAGAACCAUUAUGAAAUUAUUUUACCUAUUAAUUAUUUAUUUUUGACAUGAUCACUUUAACAAAAAUGCUGGAGAAAACUGUUUAUAGUAAUUGUUUAUCACUUAUUAGGAAUCUAUUUCAUAUUUGAGCAUUUGCAGUUGAAGAAGUGAGAAAAUGGAUUGCAAAGUUUCAUCCAUUCUUAUUCCAUGUUGCCUCUUUUAGAUAUGAGGUUCAAUUGGUGUCUCUUUAUAUCAAAUUUAAGGCUUUCUUUCAAAGAGAUAUUAAAUGUUAGCAAUGCCAAUGUUAUCUUUUACCUCUUAUAUUUUAUGCAUAUUUAUGUACAGGAUCUACCACGAACAUUCCCUGGUCACCCAUGGUUGGACACUCCAGAUGGUCAUGCCACUCUGAGACGUGUUCUUGUGGGCUAUUCUUUCCGUGAUUCUGAAGUUGGUUAUUGUCAGGGUUUAAAUUAUGUUGCAGCAUUGUUGUUGCUUGUGAUGAAAACAGAAGAAGAUGCGUUUUGGAUGCUAGCUGUCCUCCUGGAAAAUGUCCUAGUUAGCAAUUGCUAUACAAAUAACUUAUCAGGGUGCCACGUUGAGCAAAGGGUGUUUAAAGAUCUUAUAGUGAAAAAGUGUCCAAGGAUAGCCGCUCAUUUGGAAGCUUUGGAUUUUGAUGUAUCUCUUGUUACCACUGAAUGGUUCUUAUGCCUCUUUUCCAAGAGCUUGCCUUCAGAGACUACUUUGAGGGUGUGGGAUUUACUAUUUUAUGAGGGAGCAAAGGUUCUGUUUCAUGUAGCUUUGGCUAUUUUCAAGAUGAAGGAAGAAGAGUUACUUAUUGCAUUUCAGGUUGGGGAUGUAAUUAAUAUAUUACAGAAAACAACCCAUCACCUCUUUGAUCCUGAUGAAUUAUUGACGGUUGCUUUUGAUAAGAUUGGGUCUAUGACAACCACCACUAUAUCAAAGCAAAGGAAAAAACAGGAACCAGCUGUCAUGGCAGAGCUUGAUCAGAGAUUAAGACGACUCAAUCCUGAGAAGGUUAAUGACGAUUAAGCAAGUUUUUUCUUCUUUUUUUUCCAUCAAAAUUAUUUAAUUGUAUUAUGUUAGAGAUGCUAGAAGGGGCUUGCUGCCCCUCUUAGAGAAUGGGAUGUUGGAAGUAUGCUUUUUUGCUCCCUGAGGGGAAAAAAACCCAAGCGAGGGAGCGCCUGUUGUUUCUUGUUGUAGGCGAUAAAUGUACAUUUUUUUGGGAUUAUUAUAAAGUUUGAUCGCAGUGCAAUCCAGGGCUUGCUGGAUUUGUGGCCUUUAAUUUG